GCGAGUGUUGCUGCCGAGCUUUGAUAAUCGAGGGGUCGCCAAAUAGGCUAACUGUGAGAAAUCGUCAUCGUUAUCCGUGAAUCAUCAUCACACCGUUGCCCGCCGUUGUCGUCGUCGGUCGCAACAAGAAAACCUCGUCAUAGUUAGAAAAGGAUUUCGUGCUUCAUUUAACCCUAAACAUCGACGGGGAAGUCUCCGCAUCAGAGAGGAGACAACGGAACGUCGUCGUUCACCGUCGGAGGCCGUAGAUCUCUCUACGCCGGGGGUCUCUCUCUCUCUCCCUCGCUCGCUCGCAACCCUUACCGUCUUCAGAACACCCGGCGUCGUUCGCUUGCAGUACUUGCUCCGGUACACAUACAUACAUACUUGCACACAUACUUGACACGUAUUUAUUCGCACGUACGUCACUCCUUAUGAGCAAUCACUCCACUUCCUUCCUCUCUUGUUGUUCCGUCCGCGACUGUCAUUCCUGUUCUAUUUUUCAUCUGUCAUCCGUUACUCCGUCUCGCACGCCGUAUUUUAUCUCUCGCGCGCUUUAAUCUCAACCUCGCUUUAAUCUCAUCCGUUCUCAAUCACUUCGGUCUUCUGCGUGUCGCAUAGUGCGUCUCGCGGCGGGCAAAGAGAACGAGGUGGAAGACUCUCGCCGGGUCUCACAAAGUGAGAGCGGACGAAGGCUGCAAAGAGGCAACGGAGACGAGCCGUUUCCGACGUACAGAGAGCAGACAACUCGCCUCCCCUCCGAGAAAGAGUGAGAGAGAGAGAGAGAGAGAGAGAGAGAGAAAAAGACGUCACCGCGGCAAUCAAGAGCGACGUCAUCGUUCGCCCGUCAGCGACGACUCUUCAGGAUAUCCGAAAACGUGGAAUUCGCUCGUCGGGAAUUCCUUCCUCAAUUCGGGACAUUCGGAAUAUUGCUGGAGAACGUAACGAGUAAUCAGCAAUGAGUACCACGGACCCCACUGGGGAGGGUGGAGGAGGAGGAGGAGGUAGUGGAGGAGAAGAGGGUGCUACACCGACAAAUGUCGAACAGAGCGCAUCUUCGAACACCGGCGGUAACGUGCAGGUGCAAGCAACCACUCAGCAACAGCAGCAGCAGCAACAGCAGCAACACCCACCGCCGUCACCUCUGAGUGGCUGCUAUCUUCUUGUGGUGCUUCCUGAGCCUCAUACCGCACAACACAAGGACCUCAUCCUGAACCGUCUCGCGAAAGGUUUCCUAUCAUGGGACAAGGACAGUUGUCACGUAGAUUUGGAGAAAGAAUUGUUGGCCUUAGUAGCACAAGCCCCCGAAGGCGAAGAAGCCAGAAAUGGCGAAAGAUUGAUCCAAUAUGCCACCGAGAAUCUCGUAACGGAAGUUCUCAUUCAUCCGCAGACGAAUACGUUGUUACAAUGUAUUCGCAAUCUUCUUGCAAGCUUCACGAAACAUCGGCACAUCAUACACGCUGGAUACACAUUCGGUGGCAAUGGUUCCUGGAUAUUGCAGGAUGGAACCUUCAGUCUCGCAGACUUUCUGGAUGCAUUCAGUGAACAUGAAGUGCAAAGAGUCCUUCGUGCCUAUGAGAAUAGCGUAACCGUAGAUAUACAUUGCGCGGGUGUUGGUGAUUGGACAACAAAUCGUUUGUCAAAAGAGAUUUGUUGCAGAUCUUGCAGAGUCAGAGUAAAUCCUGACGAUGUUCUCACAGCCGGUGUACCGGCCAUCACGAGCUUUACGAAUUACAUCGGACAGUAUCUUGUGCCGCAAACACUGGACCAGCUCAUGGAACCGUCCGACGUUGUUGGAAACAUUAGAUUUAGCCAUCCGACUUUAUAUGUCUUCCCCGGUGGGCAAGGUGACGCCGCACUUUUUGGUAUAAACGGCUUUAACAUGCUCGUCGACGGCGGCUUCGCCAGAAAAGCCUGCUUUUGGGAUUUCACCAGGCAUCUGGAUCGAUUGGAUGCUGUUCUAGUCACUAGGAUAAAUAAUAGCAACAUCGGCGGCAUGUUCAGUGUUCUUCGCAAGAAGAAGGAGAUGCAUGUCUAUCCUCAGAUCGGCCAUUUCUUCUGUAACUUAGUUGAAAGAAGACAAUCAAAUUCACCUGACGGCGAUAAGGACAUCGAUCCCCUCAUUGUUAAUCUCGUCGACAUUGGUCAAGAGAUGGUACUGAAUCUUCGGCACAUCAACCUCCGUGCUCAUCCUUGCUACAGGGAUCCUGAUCCAAUCAACCUCUAUCACAAAGUUGGCCACGGCACGUUGGAUAUGUACGUUCUUAGUCCGAACAAAGACAGCCGCGAAGUGCGCGAGUUUCUAGCAAAGUGGCACGCAUCAGACUCAAAGCUGUUUGCUGGAUCUCACAAGAAAGAUUCAAAUAAUCUCACAUUCCCGAUUCAAAACCUUGUAUCGAUAUGCGCGCUUCUGGUGUGGCAGCCAGCCAACCCUGAGGACAAUAUCACGCGAAUUCUUUUCCCCGGCAGCACCCCGCAGCAUAAAAUUUUCGAAGGCUUCGACCGACUGAAACAUUUGGACUUCCUAAAACAUCCGGUAUGUUCUGCGAAGACACUGUCGCCAUCAGUGUCUUUAGCAACGCUCAGAGAUAAACCAGCCAAACAGAAACCCUUCAUCGAAAAGGAGCCAAAGAGAAUUUCAGAACCGAAGAAAGAGAAAAGAGAGCCGUCAGAAUCAAAGGCUGUUCCUGUUAAGGCUGCAGAGGACGUUCCUAAAAUCACUCCUCAGUCAACGCCGAUUAUUCCUCCAAGCAAACCCAAAGCCGAAAUAAAGACAAAAAAAGUCGCGGAGAACAAGAAAAUCGAGACUGAAGCAAAAGAAAGCAAAAAAAUCGAGCUUGAAAAAGAGAGCAAAAAAGUAGAACCUGAAGCGAAGGAAAGCAAGAAGAUUGAAAAAGAACUGAAAGAAGUGAAAAAAGAGCCGAAGAAGGAAUCGAUUAAAACGGAAAAACCGGAGAAGCGUGAUGAAGAUGUGAAAAAGAUUGAUUUAAUCAAACAAGAAUCUGAUAAGAGCGCAUCGAAAGAACCCAAGGAACCUAAACCCAAAAUCGAGCCGAAAAAGAAAGAACCUAAAGAUAGCAAAUCUGUGAAGGCCGAAAUAAAGAAGAGCGAAGCAAUCACAAAGCCAAAACUCAGCGAGAAAAAAGUCAAACCUUCGGGCGCGGAGAAGAAGGAUGUCAUGAAGUCUUCCCCCACUACCCCAAAGAAGAUAGUAAACGGCACUGUUGCGAAGACAGAGAUAUCGAAGACCGUGCCAAAGGCAAAACCGGCGACGAAGGUUGUUUCAAGUCUUCCGGCUAAGAGCGCGAAAGAGGCCAACAACAGAAAAGUAGUGGAACAGAAGAAGUCCGAAGUCGAGAAGUCCACUGUGAAGGAAACCGCGGCCGCACCCGUCGUCAAGGUGUCGGCAAAACCAAAACCGAUGGACAGAAAACCGAUUAGUCGUCGUACAAAACCAGUUAGUCCGAGUAAAGCACGUAUGCCGGGCAGUCCGGCGAAAUCCACUCGCAGCACACCGACCACUUCUGUGAAAUCGGACAAAGACGGCGUCAUUCGUAAAGUCAAGGGCGAUAAAGGUACCACUGAUUCAUCCACAGUUUCUACUCCGUCUGGCAUAGAAGCCGAGGUCAUAAAGCCAAUUGAUAAAAGCUUAAUUGAACAAUCCGAAGAUAUUUCAUUGGAUUCAAUAGAAAGUAAAGUAUUGGCCGAUCUCAAAGAAGAGCGAGAAGUGGUCGAGGAAAUUGAAGCCGUUCUACAAAAGGCGGAGAUUGAGGAAACUCGAAAGAGUGAUCGUUUCGAGGGAGACGACGAGAUUACAGCUGAAGCUACUGACAAAAAAGAAGAGGAUAUCACGGAAGAGGAUGUUACAGCCGAAAUUGAGGAUAUACCGAAAAAAGAAAGUUCAAGGAAGGAAAGUCAGGAAUUAACCGAAGAAGACGAAUAUCUCAUUGUAGAAAAGGAGGAAGUCUACACGGAGGACUCUGCUCAAAGCGGCGAGGGCGAACAAAAGCAUGUACUUGACGAGGCCGAAUCAGAAAAGGCGAAGAUACUGAAAGAUAUGGAAGCGAUGAAAGAGAAAGGCGAGAAAGAAGAACCCGAGAAGGAAAAGGAUAAAAGUCCGGAAAAGAAAGUUGAACAGAUCGUAGACAAAGACGAGAAAGAAAGUGCCGAACUUCCUCCGGAACACAAAAAACAAUUACAAGAAGAAGUUAAAGAAAUAAUAGCUUCCGCGACCGAAAUCGUACAGAAAGCUGAGGAGAAAGACGAUUCCGGCAAAAAAGACAGUGAAGAAAUCACGAAAGAACCAUCUAGUCUAAGUCCGGAUAAAUUGGACUCAUCGGAGAAAAAGACAACUGAUACUGACAUAAAACCGGACGUCGAUCAGAAAGAACAUAUCCUUGAAAAGAUGGAAGAAUCUCAGGAACGAAUCUCGACGAUUGAAUCGGGAGCAACUACUACCGCUCCAACUUUGCCUGAAGACGAACGAAUACCUUUAGACGGCAUAAAAGAGGACAUUGAUGAGAAACACGUUAUAGAAGAAGUGAAAGAAAAGGACGCUCCUGUGAAAAUGAAAGAAGAAGUCAUUCCAGAAGCAAUAUCUACAGUUGUUAAACCGGAAGUAAAAGUAUUCGACGUUCGUCAGGCGAUGCAGAGUCUACAGAGAGACAUUGUUAAAACUCCCGACGAGGUUGCCGAUCUUCCAGUUCACGAGGAAGUCGAUCCUAAGCUCUACAGAAUGGAAGAUUUUGAGAAGGGUAAAGAAGAAAAGCCGUCGCCGUCACCGCAGGAGAUUAAAGAACCACCUACACCGCCAGUAAAAGAGCAGAAGGGUGUUUUUAGUUUCUUCGGCAAAGUAGCGGAUAAAUUUGAGAAAGGUAUCGAUAAAUUAACGAAAAAAACAAAGAAAGAGACCGAUAAGGAUUCUGAUGAUAAGUCUUCUUCAAAGUCUAGUUCUCCGAAGGAAACAAAGGUUCUCGAAAAGACGGUCUUGGAGGAAGUUGAUGUAGAGAAAAUGUUUCCUAAAGUCGGCAAACAUAUUGACAAGCCGGAGGUAUUCGAAGAGGUGAAACCCACUGUUGCUCAUGUAAAAGUAGCUGCCAUAAAGGAAACCGCGGCUUUCAUACAAGAAGAGAUAGACGCACACAGACAAAGUGUGCCAAACAUUGAAGAAAAAGUUCCAAUUGAUAAAUUAGAAGAGAUCAAAAAAGCAGAGGUCAAAGUUGAAGAAGCGUUACUUGCAAAGGAUAUUUCGCCGGCUCCGGUAUCACUGACGAAACCAAUCGAAGAUAAAGAUAUUGAAAAGGAGAUUGAACUUCUAAAAGAAGAAGGAGAAGAAGCGGAAGAAGUAAAAGCUCUUCUGGAAGAAAUUUCGAAUAAGUUCAAAACUGUGAAAGACAGCCUGAGAGAUUCCUUGGAGUCUUUAGAAGAGAAAAUUAAAGAGGAAGAACUAACUACAGAGAUGCAGCCAUCUGUCUUGAAGGAUGCGGUAAAAGAUACUUUAGAGGGAGUAGCAGAGAAGUUAGAAGAAAUAAAACCACAUAUCGAAACCCUCCCACCUGAAAUGAUAAAGGAACCGGAAAAAGUUAAGUUUGAUAUACCAAAGGAUGAAGAAUUCGAAGAGGAAUACGAAGAAGAACCAGAAGAAUCAUACAGAGAUGUGAAGGAAGCUGUCAGAGAUAUCGGAGAUGUUCUCGCAGGAACUGCCGGUAUCGACCUCGAAGCACCCAGAGAAAAACCUAAAGAUGUUAUGGAAAUCGUGAAGAAAGUUGCUGAAGUUCUUAAGGACGACGAUUUUCUUUCUGAAGAAACGUUAGUAGAUCAAGCUUCUAAGGAAGAAGAGAAACCGUCAGUUUCGACAGACAGAAAACCUUCGAAAGAAGACAUCUUAUCGAUUUCGUCAGAAAGAAAACUCUCGGUACCAAGUGAAAAGAUAUCUCCAGAGAAGAUUACUGAAGUAGAAGAAGAGAAAUCUAAACCAACUCACGAGGAGAUUGUUAUACCGAAGAAGGUCGGUAUUACCGAGGAGAUUCCAGUUCACGAAGAAAUCGAAGAAUUUAUCGAAGAACCACACAAAUCUUUGGCGCCGCAAGAAAAACCCGAAAUAAAAGAAGAGCCUUGCGUGAAAGUAGUGACAAAAAAAGAUGACUUAUCGUCACCUAAAAAAGAUGUUGCAAAAGACAAAAUAGACGCUCAAAAGAUUUGCGAGGAGAUGUUACAUGACGAUCAGCAUGUAUGUGACCAACACAAGAAACCAGCUGACAUUGAUACGUCUCAAACAGAUGUGCUCGAGGCUGGUAUCGAAAGCAUAUGCGUGAAGAAAGUGGCGAAACGGCCAUCUUUCGAAGAGCAAUUGGUGGAAGCCGAGAUAGAACAACCUGUGAUAGGCUUCGAACAAAAGGUUUCGCCGGCAAAGGCAGAGAUAGUAAUGGUGACGCCAGGUUCUACGCCAACUUCGCCGAAGUUCACAGAUAAGUUGCACGGACAAGAAUUGGACGUUGGUUCUCAAGAGCUUCCCAAGUUACCAGAAGAAGUCAAACAAAUCCUCACCAAGGAAGUGCCAGUCGAAAAAAUAAUCGAGGAAUUGAUCAUUACAAAGAAAAAAAAGAUUACUAUCGAAGUGAUCGAGUACAUUACUAUAGUGAAGCGCAUUCCGAAAGAACGCGUGGUUUAUAUUAUUGAGGAAAUUAUUGUAAAGAAAGGAUUACGUAAAGAAAGUGUGGUAGACGAUCCUGAAAUUCUCAAACUGAAAGAAUCUAUAACACCUGAAAAGAGAAUGGAAAUUGAAGAGUACAUUGUUAAUGAAUACAUUGUGAAGGGAAAACGAAUUACCAUAGAGGUGGUCGAGGAAAUUUCCAUUAAGAAAGUUGUGCCCAAGACAAUUGUCAUUGAAAUUAUUGAAGAGAUCAUUGUGAAGAGAAAGAUCGCCAGGCAUAUGGUACUAGAUGUUCCCGAAGAAGUAUUGUCGCAAAUAAUUAAAGAAGAAUUACCAGAAGAAGAAUUGCCAGAAGUAUCAGAAGCGGAAGAUCAAGUGACAUCAAAAGUAGACAUAACCGCAAAACGAGAAUCGAUAACUAAAGUUAGUUCUCCAACCGAAAUAUCAGAAAUGCUCAAAAAGACGCCUGAGGACGAGAAGGAAAAAGAGAUACCAAAAGUAGAAGAUGAGAAGCGAAAAUCAGUUGCUGAAGUUCCUAGCGCAGAGAUUCUAAAAACACAAGAGUUGGUAACUCCGGAAAAAAGAAAAGAAGUUGAAGAAUAUAUUGUAAACGAAUACGUUACCAAAGGAAAUAGUAUUAACAUUCAAAAACUCGAAGAAAUUUGUGGCAAAAAAGAGGUGCCUAAAAGAAUCAUUAUUGAAAUUAUCGAAGAAAUUAUUAUUAAAAGAAAAAUGCCAAGGCAUGUAGUAAUAAGUUUAACCGAAGAAGAAUUGUCACGUGCAAUUAAAGAAGAAGCUAUUUCCGAGUCGGAAGUUACGGUAGAAAAGAGAAAAUCGAUCGCUGAAGUACCUAGUUCUAUAGAAGAAAAAGAAUCUCCACUUCAAUUAAAAAAAGAUAAAAAGGAGGCGAUAUCUGAUCAAGAAAUUGCCGAAGAAUUGUCAGUUGAAGAAGAAGAUAUUGAGGAAGAAGUAGAUGGUUUUGUCAGUAUACCUAGACGGAUUUCCGAUGAGAAAGUCGACGCAAAGAAAAAGAUCUCACCUGUCAAAGGAGACGUUUCACCCAUAGCUGCAAAAGAACACGAAAAAGAUGUACUAGACGAUUUCGAAGCCGUCGAACAGGAAUAUAAAGUACGCGAUGUACCAGUCACAUCUCCUGAGAAAGCAGACGAGAUAAGGGAGAAAGAAGAUGUUGAAGAAGCUGUAGAAGAUACUACGAGUGACGUGAUUGAAGCGGACGAGAAGUUUGUGCAAGAAACAAAAGAAAAAAUAGGCAAAGAAGAGCUUCAACCUGACACGGCAAAAGAUUUUAAACCUGAUAAGAAACGAGAACUCGAGGAACUAGAAACAUCCGAAGUAUCAGAAAUUGUUGACACUACUGAAAAGUACUUAGACGAAGCUAAAGAAAAAACAGAUGACAGUAUUCUGAAACAAACCGUUACAAAACCAUCAGUGUCACUAGUUUCUGAUAAAGCAGAGGAACCUCUAAGUGAAAAAGCAGACGAAUUGAAGGAAGCAGAAGAAAAGAAAAUAUCCGAAGAUGUUAUCGAAAAACGAGCGUCAAUCGAUGCAGCUGCUAUACCUGAAGCAAAGUCGAAAACAAUAUCACCAGUUUCUGAUAAAUCAGAGAAACCUCUAAGUGAAGAAGCAGACGAAUCGAAAGAAGCAGAAGAGAAGAAAAUACCCGACGUUAUUAUCGACAAACGACCGUCUGUCGAUGCAGCUGCUAUACCUGAAGCAAAAUCGAAAACAGUNUCACCGGUUUCUGAUGAACCAGAGAAACCUCUAAGUGAAAAAGCAGACGAAUUGAAAGAAGCAGAAGAGAAGAAAAUCCCCGAAGUUAUUAUCGACAAACGACCGUCUGUCGAUGCAGCUGCUAUACCUGAAGCUAAAUCGACUGCGCCGAGUACAGAGAAAGUCGAUGAGAAGGCUGUGACAGAUGAGACAAAAAAAAUUGAGCCUAUGAUCAAAGAAAAAGUAGAAGAGCCACAACUUAUCGAAAAAGUUCCUGAAAAAGUUUCCAAAGAAAUCAAGUCAGAAACAAAACUUGCAGAUGCAACAGGCUUUUCGUUUGAACCAAAAACAGACUUACAUGAAGAUGAUAAAAAAUUCAAGCAAUUAGACACUACAGAGAUUAAAGAAACUCCGGUAGUUAAAGAAGAAGAAACUCCCGAAGAAAUUCCCGAAGAAGCUGCACGUAGAAAGAGAAGUAUAUUAAAAGACGCGGAAGAUGAAAUAGUACAAACAAAGGACGAGAUUGAAAAGCCUAAAAUUGAAAAAUUAACAGAUGAACCUGUAAAAGAUGACACUAGUACUGUAAAAAGAAUGUUAGUCACAGCAAGUAGCGAAGAUGGCAGAGAAGAAACAGAAAUUUGUGCAACUGGUACUAUAACUUUCACGAAGACUGUCACUCCGGACGACUCACUUAAGGACGUAUCAAUCAAAUCCACACCAGAUAAAGAUUCUUUAUUGUUAGAGAUUACCGUCAAAUCCACACAAGAUAAAGAUUCGUCACACUCAAGCAUGAGUACUCCUCGAGAUAGUAUUUCCGAUAAAUCUGCACCUGAGGGUAAAGAUAAAAUUACUUCCGAAGAUAGUUUAGAUAAAUCACCUGUCGGUACUCGCGAUUCGCAAGAUCUCGAAGACAGUUUAGAAAAAUCAGAUUUCCGUAAGUCAAAGGAUGCUGAAAUAUUGUCAAUUGAUGAUGACAAAGAAAAAGUACCAGAAAAGUCGGAAGAGGCUGUAAAACCAAAAUCUCCCAUAGAAAAAGAAGAUUCAAAGGCACCAGUUGUAGUUGAUAAAGAUAAAUCACCUGAAUCACCGAAAAGCCCUGUAGAAAAAGUCGAAAAACCAAAAUCUCCUUUAUCAUGUGAACAGACAAUGAAAACUGAUGAAAUAGUUUCCACGAAGACAAUUGAUACACUUUUAGAAGAAAAAUCGCCGCUCGAUGUGAUACCCGAAGACACCCAAAAGUCAAAAUCAUCUAUUCAUUUACCAGCUGAAAAAGUUCUAGUAGAAUCAGCUGAAAAACCAAAACUUCCAAUUGAAAUGCUUUCUGAAAAAGAAGGAACUGAUGUUUCAAAGACACCUGAAUCACUUCAUUCAGAAGACGUUUCACCAGCCGAAACAAUUUUCUCAAAAUCUCCCACAGACAAACCUGAAAUGUAUAUUGCAAAAACACCUAUUGACGAAGAAGACGUUGCUCUCGAAGCGGUUGCUGAAAAAUCACCUGUUAAAGAAGCUAAAUCAAUCACGGAUAAAGAUAUACCGAUAUCUACGGAAAAAGAAAAAGCACCGAGUCCGGAAAAAGAUGAUCAAAGACCAGAAAAGCUCGACGCGAAAGAUAUCAGUCCUAAACCCACAUCGCCUAUUGUUGCUACCAGUGCAUUGGAUGAGAAAGGUUUGGAUACUGCUUUAAUCGAGAAAUCAAGAUCGCCAAGUAUAAGCAGCGAAAAAGAAAUAUCUGUACGUUCGAAAUCUCCUAGUAUCGCAGAUGAUAAAUCAAUGCAAGCUGAUCACUUGCUAGCUCAUCCUGACGAAGAAUCAUUAAACAUCGUAGUUAAUGUAAAAGUAGAUCUAAAACUCACUGAACUAGAAGACAAAGAUGCAAGCAAAUCCAGUUCACCAAGCAUAGCGACUGACAAACUUCCUGAAGAAGUUGUGGAGGAUAAACGUCCUAGCAUAGUGGAAAAAGAAAUUAUUGAGCAACUUGUCGAACCAAAGUCUAGUAUUGUCAGUGACAAAGAAGAAAAAGAAGAUGCAAUCGAUAAGUCUAGAUCUUCAAGCAUCGGCGAACUGGUCGAUAAAGAUGUAUCUGAACGAAGAAAGUCUUCUAUUACCACUACUAAAGUUGAAGAAGAAAAAUCAGUUGAAAAAUCACGAUCGCCUAGUAUUACCGAAGAGAAACAAACUGAGAAGAUAACUGACGCUAAAUUAAUACCCAAAGAAAUUGAUGAAAAACCGAAGGAAACAAAAGAAGAGGUUAAACAACCAGAAAAACUCGAUGAAAAAGAACCAGUAGAUAAAUCUAGAUCUGCAAGCCUUGUUGGUGAGAAAUCUGACGAUAUUAAAUCUUUAGAUAAAUCUCCUCCAAGCGAUAAAGCCGAAGAAAAAGAAACUGAAAAAACAACAUUGCCUAUUCUCGAGAGUGUACAUGAUGAAAAGGGACCAAUUGACAAAGCUAGAUCUCCAAGCGCGAUCAGCGAUAAAUCCGAUGAAGAGAAAGAAGCCGAUCGUUCAAAAUCACCCAGCUUAGGUGAGGACAAACUGGAUCGUCAAGACGUGACGGAACAUUAUUUAGAAAAACCAAAAUCUCCUAUUUUUGAUAGGCCACAAUCGCCUAAAGUUAUUGAUAAGACUGAAGAACCACAUGAUAAAGAUAGAUCCCCCAGUGUAGUUAGUGAUAAAUCAGAUAGUAAAAAAGUAAGUGAUCGUUCUAGAUCACCAAGCAUUUCUGUAGAAAAAGUAGAUCUCAAAGAUAUGGACCUAUCUGUCGAAAGAACCCGAUCGCCUAGCAUUAAGGACGAUAAACUGGAACAGCUUCCAGUAUCAAAAUCACCUACUGCACUACAGUUUGCGGAGCAACCGGUUGACAAGUCAAGAUCGUCUAGCGUGGUGAGCAUUUCUGGCGAUCAAAAGGAUUCUGCAGGCAAAUCUCUUAGUAUUACAGAUGACAAGUCAGACCUCAAAGGCGAUACAGAACAAUUAAGUGAGAAGCUAAAAUCUAGCGAUCAGAAAGAAGAACCUGCAGAUCGCUCGAAAUCACCGAGUGUGAGUGGAGAAAAGCCAGAUUUAAAAGACGUUACAGAACCACCAACAGAAAAAUCAAGAUCAGCUAGUGUUAUUAGUGUCUCAGGAGAUCAAAAAGAACACUUUGAUCGUUCAAAAUCACCGAGUAUUGCUGGAGAAAAAUUAGAUUUGAAGGACGUUGCGGAACAACUCGAUGAAAAAUCGAGAUCACCUAGUGUUGUUAGUGUCUCAACAGAUCAGAAAGAACAAUUUGAUCGUUCGAAGUCACCGAGUGUUGCUGGAGAAAAACCGGAUUUGAAAGACGUUGCGGAACAACCCGAUGAAAAAUCGAGAUCACCUAGUGUUGUUAGUAUUUCAGCAGAUCAAAAAGAACAAUCUGAUCAUUCAAAAUCACCGAGUGUUGCUGGAGAAAAACCGGAUUUGAAAGACGUUGCGGAACAGCCCGAUAAAAAAUCACCUAGUGCGAGUGAUCUGAAAGAACCUGGAGAUCAAUCAAAGUCGCCGAGCAUUGCUGAAGAAAAGCCAACUGAGAAAGAUACACUAGAGGCGAGGACUGAAAAAUCCAGAUCUUCUAGCGUUGUAAGCAUCGGGGAACAGAAAGAAAUCGAUCGCUCGAAAUCACCGAGUGUUAUUAGUGAAACACCGGAUUUGAAGGACGUUGCAGAUCAGCAAGUCGAAAAAUCAAAGAAAACCACUGAUGAACAGAAAACUCCCGGUAUUCAACAAGAACCAAUCGACAGAAGCAAAUCGCCGAGCGCGAGUGAAAAAUUGGACGACAAAAAAUCAACCGAUGAUUCGAAAUCGUCAAGCUUAUCCGGAGAUAAAUCUGAUUUGACAGACAUUACAGAAGAACCCUUGGAUAAAUCUAAGUCACCUAGUAUUACGAGCAUUGCAUCAGAUCGGAAGGAAUCAAUAGAUAAAGUAAAAUUGCUGACGGUUCUGGAUAAGAAAGAAGAAGUCGAUAAAAGUCUAUCGCCAAGUGUGGCUAGCGAUCAGUCGGAAGAGGCAAAAUCGGCAGUUAGUUCUAAACCGGCAAGCGUCGCUGGAGAUACAGUGGACUUGAAGGACGUAUCGGAGAUACCAAUUGAUAAAUCUAGAUCGCCGAGUGUUAUAAGCACGAGUGACCAAAAGGAACCAAUUGAGAAACCAACGUCACCUACAGCUCCACAUAAGAUUGAAGAGCCACACGACAGAAGCAAAUCACCGAGCGUGGCGAGUGAAAAAUCUGACGAGAAGAAAUCUGUCGACGGUUCAAGAGCAACUAGUGUUACUGAAGAGAAACCAGAUCUCAAAGAUGUAAUAGAAUCACCGGCUGAUAAAUCCAGAAAGUCUAGUGCUGUGAGCAUCACGACUGAGAAAGCGGAACCGUUUGAGAAAUCAAUAUCACCUACUGUCUCAGAUCAAUUGGAGCCGCUUGGUGAUCGAAGCAAAUUUUCUAUCUCUCCUAGCGAUAAAUCCGAUGAAAAAGAUGAUAAGACCAGUACCAAAGAUUUUUACGAAGAUGCUAUUGAUAAAUCACCGAGUUUCACCGAUAUGAAAAUGCCGGAUAAGAAACACGCUGAAGAAGAAUCUUCGACAGCUUCCAAAGAUUUGGACAUAAAACAAGACGAUACUGUUUUAUCAUCACACGACAAAUCGCGAUCUCCAAGCAUCGUUCUUGAUAAGCCAGAUGACAAAACAUCAUUAGAAAAAGUAGAUAUUGAUGGAUUAAAAACAUCUGCUGUAACUGAGGAGUUGGCUGUAACAGAUAAAACGAGAUCGUUGAGUAUUAUCAGCGACAAAACGGAACCGAAAUCACCAUCCGAAGUCUCGAGAUCGCCAAGCUUAAUUGAUGACAAGAUUGAUCUGAAAGAUAAAUCUCGAUCGUCCAGUAUUGCAAGCGGAAAACUUGACGACAUUGACAAAGUUUCGUUACAAGAAGCAAAAACAACUGAGCGAUCAUUGUCAUCGAGUUUGCAAGCUGGACAAAUUCCGGCAAGUGAAUCUGCUAAAUCGGAAGCCAGUUCGCCAGUGGACAAAGUUCCAAAAGACAGAUCGCGUUCGCAGAGCGUUUUCGAUGUCGGAGAGAAGAUACCGGCCAGAACAUCUAGUUUAUUCGAGGAUAAACCAACAGAAAAGGCGAUUUCUCCGGAAGAAAAGGAUACUUCCGAGCACACCGGAGAACCACUUGAUGAACAAGAGGAACAUAAGAGCCCAACGAAGAGUCCCGUAACUUCUGUCGAAACAAUCGAGAAAGAAAUGCAAAAGAUUCGCGAGAAGCGAUUUGCUGAGUUUGAAGAACCACAUGCAGUACAGUCGAGCAAAGUGGAGAAAUCCUACGACGUAGAAGAAGAUAUUGUUAAAAUAACAGCCGAGAAGAAGGCGGAUAUUGAAAAGUAUAUUUUGGAAGAGUUUAUUGUGAAGAAAAAGAAGAUUAAUUCAAUAAUAAUUGAGAAAUUGGUUAUGACAUAUGUAGUGCCGCAGUUUAUAGUAAUGGAAAUAAUAGAAGAUCUCAUCAGCCGAGAAAAUGUAUCCAGAAACGCUGUCUUUGACUUCACUGAUGAAGAAUUAUCUAAACACGAGAAAGAAUCCAAAGAAACAGUAACGACGGAGAAGAGAGCAGAUGUAGAAAAGUAUAUAAACGAAGAAUAUAUCGCGAAGAAAAAGAAAAUUACGCCGGUGGUGUUGGAAGAAAUAGUCAUUCUCAAAGCUGUGCCGCGAUAUAUUCUCAUUACGAUUAUCGAAGAAAUUAUUGUGAAAAAACAAAUAUCUAGGAAUACCAUAAUUGAAGGUGAUUUAGAAGCCAGAGCAAAAAGUCCAGACGAGAUAAAAGAGCAAUCCAGUAUACCGACCAGUGUGGAUUUGAAAAGAUCUAGUAUCACUCCGGAGUAUCCUCAGAGUCACGAAAAAGAAAGUGACACUACAAAAGAUGAAAGUUCCGACGGCAAAGUAUCUCCCGCGGGUAGCGAUCGAUACAGCAAAGACGCACCUUCUGCUAGUCCGAGUCUCAGUCCAGAACCUGUUCCUUCUGACAAAUCAACUCGGGGCAGCCCACCAUUAUGGGAACAGUAUAAACACGACGAAUUUACGAUGAAAGAAAAGAAAAUAGAAAUUGAAAAUCUUUUGGAAAAAACUGUGGAAAAGUGUAUAUCUAAGAAAGAGAAGAUUACACAAGAAAUGAUUAGAGAAAUAAUCGAUAGCGCUUUUCCUUUAUCCAGAUAUAUCAUUUUCGAGAUCUUGAACAAUAUCUUAAUUAAGUUGAAAAUCUCGAAAGAAUCCGUGCUCGACGAAGAAGUUAUACUUCUCGAUAGAUAUGAAGCGCGGGAAGAUGUACGUGGUAUUCAUCGUGAUGAUUAUGAUGGUAAUCGCUAUGAUUAUGAUAAUGACUACGAUGACCUGGAACAUGACGCCAGAAAAUCCUCGAUGGGCGUGGACAUGUACGCAGAAUCGAGUGAACGACAGGACAAGUCUGUUACCGAUUAUCCAAUGGAUUACGAGAGCCAAUUCCACAAAGCUUUCGUCAGUGGUAUGACAGAGAUGCGAACGACGCACAUAACUACACUUUCUGGUAAAUCAACGCCAGAAUAUGCUGAUGGAGCAUCCGGUAAAUUACCUGAACAUACACUGACCACAACUCAUAUAACGAAAACGGAUAUCGACGAUUUGAAAACUGCACAACCUAUGCAAACUGUCAUACUUAGAGAGAGCAAAAUUGCGGAACCUCAUCUUCCAGAGGAAAGUGCGAAAGAUGACGAUAAAGUUACGGAAACUAUAAAACGAGACGUUGUCGAUACAAAAGAAACUGCGGAAAUCUCAACAGGAGAAUCUUCCAAAGAAAAACCGGAAUCGCAAACUGUUGAAAAGGAAGCAACAUCAGAGAAAUCUGAUUCUACGGCUGAAUCUACUGGCGAAGUUAUUGUAAUUAAAAAAAUAGUCAAACGCGAAGUGAUUGAAGGCGAAGAACCCGAGAAAGUAACUAAAGUGGUACAAGAAAUAGUCGAAGAUGCUCCGGAAACGAUUACCAAGAUUAUCAAACGGGAGACUGUUGAACCGGAUGACAAGCCGGAAGUAGUCACUAAAGUCAUUAAACGGGAGAUCAUUGAGCAGGAUGAACCUGAAGUAAUUACAAAAGUAAUUAGACGCGAAAUUAUCGUUCCUGAUGAAGAACCAGGUGAUUCCAAAGAAGAUUCCGGUGAAUUUGUGAAGACAAUUACAACAAAAACAACGAGAACGAUCGUGACGGAGGAAUUACCAGAUGCCGAACUUUUGCAAACCGAUCCUUCAAAAAUUUACACAGAUCCUACUUCAGGCGCAACUUACAGAGUUGUGAGCGACGAAGGAGCAUCUGAUACAACAAGCAGCGCCGAUGUGAAGCGAAUUGUGACGACAGUAACUACAAUUACCGGUCCUGAUGGCAAAAUUACCACGAAGAAAGACGUGAAGGAGAGCACUGACACUGUGGACAGCGAAGAAAUGUUGGAAAAAUUGAUUGACUCGAGCAAGAUCACAACAGAAACCACCAAGUCUGCGGAAAAGAUCAUCAAGGAAACCAUCACUACUGCAACAUCAGGCACUUCGACACCUGACGUGAAAACCUUCUACGAUUCCGGCAAAUCGACACCGGAUCUCAAGGAAGACAAAUUUGACUCCACGGGAAAAGAUCGCUUAGGCGCGGAAAAAUUCGAACCUCCGGUUUCUCCCUUGGUGCGAGAUAUAAUAUCCGACGAUAAGAGUUAUUCAGGCAAAUCCUCGCCCGAUAUAUCGUUGCCUAAAGACAUCGUAUUUAGCGGUUCAACCGGUAAAUCCACACCAGAAAUUCCAAUGUCGCCAUUGAUCAGAGACGGUGCUGCGGUGCAACCUCAAGUGUCAGGAAGAUCGACACCUGACAUAAGAUCCGAAGGUCGAUUAUCUAGCACACCAGAAGGAUUAAAAUCGGGUGAAAUGAUUCGAACCAUAAUUACAACUACCAAGACGAUAUCUGACGAGGGUGAAAUAGUGACAACCACUAGAGAGGUUACGGAAACGACGAAUGAAAAAGGUGAGACAGUUAUACUGGCGGAGAAAACCGACGUGAAAGUGGACGAACGUCUGUCGAGCAAGGAUGCGGAGAGCGCCAUCAGCGAUAUUAUUGGCAGCAUCAAGUCCUCGGAGAUGCAACGUACUGGUAGUGCUGCAUCCGAUGACGCGGCCAGCGAGAAAGAUCGCAGUAGUCCGUUGAGCGAGCAGAGCAGCGCGCGAAGCAAAGCUCCUCACACGUUGGGUAGCAGUGAAGAACGGCACACCUAUUCCGACGACGAGCCACCCAGCUCACCUCUGUCCUCAACUUCACAAGUGGGAUAUUCGCCGCAGGCCACACGUCGCCUUGAUCCGGGAUCCGACAAGGAGGAGGAACAGAAGCAGGUCGAGUUCUCGACGGCCGCGAUGAGCAGCAGCUUCUACGGCGAGUUGCCGGCGGUACCGCCUCAAAUGUCCGCUAUGAAGACCUUCCACGAGGAGACUGGCAUACAGCAAAAGAGCAGCGAUCCCAUUCCCAUUCACAGUCGUUUCACGGUUGAGAAAGAAUUUGUCGGUUACGGUGAGAAACCAGACGCCAAAAAAUAUGUUGACGAGGCCGAUCUCGAUUUCGACAAAGCUCUGAUGGAACACAAAGAGAUGAAGGAGGCAAGCGAUGCUUUAAGUAGCGGUAUAUCACCUAGGUAUACGAACGGCAGUCUUCGACACGAAUCGAGCGAUUCAAAAGAUCAUCCGUCAUCUUCUUUUCGGGAUGACACUAAAGAUGACUCAAAAGGCGACUCGAAGAAGGAUCCUUUGGAGGGAUGGGGAACUCCUCUCGGACUGCCGUCUCCGAAACCUCCAAGAAAAUUUAACCUAAAGAAUUCUGCUCAAUCUCAACCAUCGUGCUCAAGCGAAUCAACUUCUGAUACUCUUAACUUCGACGUCGCAAAAGAAUGGGGAGAACCUCUUAGACUGCCAUCUCCCGCACCGGUGACCAAUGAGAUUUCGAAUAAAGGAACACCGGGGACACCGAAGAAAGAGCGAAAACAGGCGAAGAAAGUUCAGUCGGAGAAUAUCAAGAAUAAGAAACGCUCGGAGAGUCCCAGCAAGAAUGAGAAGAAGAUAAAAGAUUCGAAGAACAAAAUUCAACCUGUCUAUAUGGAUCUAGCUUAUGUGCCGCAUCAUGGAAAUUCCUACUACACGUCCUUGGAUUUCUUUAAGAGAGUGCGAGCAAGAUAUUAUGUCUUCAGCGGCACUGAGCCCAGCCGAGAGGUCUAUGACGCUCUACUGGAAGCUAAGAAGACUUGGGAGGACAAAGAUCUCGAGGUAACCAUGAUUCCGACCUAUGACACUGAUACUCUGGGAUACUGGGUUGCCGACAACGAGGAGGCGCUCGCGGCGAAUCACAUAGACCUGUCACCGUCCGCGUCCCGAUGCACUAUCAAUCUCCAGGAUCACGAGACUAGCUGCAGCGCCUACAGGCUCGAGUUCUAGGGAUUGGCAGCCUGCUCAGCCGUAAUAGUCGAGUUCUGAGCGGCGUCCGGGAACACGUCAUCAUUCCGUUUUUGGACCCAUUCCUAUAUAAAAAGAAAAAACAAAAAGGAAGAAAGGUUGUGCGCAGGCCAACCUACCGUCCCGUCAGGUUGAUUUCCUGACUUCCUUCUAACAGAUUGAGAACAAACACAAACGGCAUUUCGAAUAUCUUUGAAAUACCUUCGUGGUAGCGGCCUAUAGCAGGACCCUAGACAUUCUAACCGAACAAUGUAGAGAUUGUCCCAAAUAAGACUUUCGAUCACGCUUGGUCUCGGAGUGAGACUUUUUAACCUAAGUUAAGUCGUUUUUUCCAGUAUUUCUUCGUGAGAAAAUGGUGCGACAAGAAUCAAGAAAUAGAUAGGAAUUUUUCUUUGCCCACGAAUACAAGGUAUAUAAAUUGAUUAAUUACUUAUUCUAAGAAGCCGUGUUUAUUGAUAGAGAAUUCUUCACAUUCGACUGCGAGACUCACGUUGUAUUGAAUAACAGUAACGUCCAAUAGUGUCGGUCAUUGGUAACUAAAAAAUGUAUGUAUGUAUUUCUAUACUUUUUGCACUGUUCGCAGCAUCGAUAGAUGUGCGAGUGGCGCUUGUUACCUAAUUACUGCUCAAAUCGAGAACAAGUCCAAAGUACACUCGUUCUCACGAAAGUUUUGCGCCAAGAAGGACGACGAUCACAACGUUGUUCGCACGUAUUCAUGUACUGUUGAUCAAUCGCGAAUUAACGACGACACGAAAGUACCGCAGCCUGGGACAAUCUGUACUUAGUUAUCGAGUAAAAAAAAGUUGACUAUAAGAUAUUCUAAUUUCUGAUCCGCGUGAUUCAGGCGGGCCGAGAACGAUCACAAUAUCACUUCCGACGCGAGAGACCUCCUCGUCCCACCUUUUCCUCAAUUAAGCAGAUUAAAAUAAAAAAAAAAAAAACUUUUAAUAUCUUUGACACAGCUGCCGCUUUAAAAGCACCGCGUAGAAUUCAGUGUAUCAGUUUAAACAAAAAUGCAAAGACAAAGAAACGAGAGAAGAAAAAUACCACGAAACAUUUUACCCCGAGAAGAUACAUCGCGAACGGAAUGCGCGCUUGAAUGACGCGCUCAUAUAUCGAGGACGAGAAGAUCCGAUUGAUCAGUGAUGAUGAUCGGCGGAUCAUCGUUCUCAAACAGACACGCGAAAUGAGGAUCGAAGUGAAUGAUCCACAUUACCUUCGAAACAUUAUCCUUCAUUGUUAAAUGAUUCCCUUUCUCGUCGUACAUGUCUAUUCGUGCGUAGGUAAAAAAAAACAACGGUUAAAAAUCCGUCGGGAAGUACUAGGAUAGGAUACAAUUAUCUGUAUCGUGUUUCUAUAUCGUAGAGAAUAGAGAUUACGAGAGCCGGUGAUUGUGUGGCAGAUUCCCAUUUGCUCCGUCGUCUUGAGAUCCGCGCGGACGAUGCAAGCCAAACGUUAUAUAUAAUCGAAGAGAGUCUGACGAGAGGUUAAUUUUUCUCAAACGAAGCAAUCUGAGAAAUGUUAUGAUUGAUGAUAAUGAUGAUACAUCUCGAAACGUCCAUCCGACGGAAUACCAGUCCAGCUUUUAUUGUUUCUUUAGAACGGAGGAGAUCUUUGUGUUUCCUGAAAUAGCGACGCGAAUGUAUAACCUCAGAGAACAGUGAUCGUUAGAAUUUUUGAAAACGUUGAUUUUUAUUUGAGAUCUUUGUGGACGAUGACGUUGUCUUCGUGAAAUAAAGAGAAGCUCAGCUUGCGCAUGUGACUACGACUGCGCCACAAUUUCUACAAGAAUUAAUAUCAAAUUUCAUCAGCCAACAGUACGAAAGAGACUUUAUGACACCUAAGUCACUGUAGCGCCUCACAAACAAGUUUGCAAUCGUUAGAUAUUGCGAGGAAGCUUCCUCGAAGAAAAGAAAAAGACAGUUAAAGAAUUUUCUCUAAAAAAAAAAA